AUGUCCCGGCUGAAGAUCCUUCUGGCGCUUCUCGCUGUGAGCUGCCUCAGCUUGAUGCUGCACCAAGGAGGGCAUUUCAACUGGACGUUCCACUUGCCCUGUCCGUUUCGCCGCUCCCCUCCUCCUCAGUCAUUGAAAGCCAAGCACACCAGCAUCGCCUUCCUGAAGACGCACAAGACAGCGAGCAGCACGGUGCAGAACAUCCUGUUCCGCUUCGCGGAGCGUCACAACCUGACCGUGGCCCUCCCUCUCCAGGGCUACGACCACCAGUUCCGCUACCCCUGGAGCUUCUCGGUGCGCUUCGUUCACCCGCACACCGUCCCUGCCCAGGUCAUCACCAACCACAUGCGCUUCAACCAGCAGGAGCUCCGAAAGCUCCUGCCCAACGACACCCUCUACGUCACCAUCCUGCGAGAGCCGGCCGCCAUGUUCGAGUCUCUCUUCAGCUACUACAACCAGAACUGCGCCAGCUUCAAGCGCGUCCCCAACGGGUCCCUGGAGGCCUUCCUGGCGGAGCCGCAGCGUUAUUACAAACCAGACGCGGGCAACGCCAUGUUUGCCCACAACACCCUCCUCUUCGACCUCGGAGGGGAGAAUGAUCACAGCCCAACGGACAACUCGUACAUCACCGGCUUCAUCAAGCAGAUGGACGAGGUCUUCUCCUUGGUCAUGAUCUCGGAGUACUUCGACGAGUCCCUCGUUCUCCUGCGGCGCCUGCUCUCCUGGGACCUGGAAGACAUUCUCUACGUGAAGCUCAACAUGCGUACCCCGGAAUCCAAGCUGAAGAUGAGCCCCGAUUUGCCCGGGAAGAUCCGCAAGUGGAACUCCUUGGACGCGAAGCUCUACGACUACUUCAACGCCACCUUCUGGAAGAAGCUCCGAGCCCUGGGGCUGGAUUGCGUGGAGAAGGAGGUGGAUCUCCUGAGGCAAGCUCAGGACAAGCUGAUCAGGGGCUGCUUUGGAGGAAGCCUCCCCCAGCUCCGCUCCUCAUCCCAGAUCAAGAACAAAGACCUCCGGCCCUGGCAGCCCAGUUCCAAAGUGACCAUUGUGGGCUAUGACCUCCCGUACAAUUCCACCCUCAAUGCAGCCUCUGAUCCCUGCCUCAAACUCAUCAUCCCUGAGGUCCAGUACACCCGGCUUCUGCUGAGAAGCCAGUCUCUGCGUUACCGGAAGAGCUACCCGCUCCGAGCGCCACCGUCCGUGGGAGUGGGUACGGGUUCUGUCAGGCGAUUACCCAGGAGGCCUGUCUGAUGGGUGGCCCCCUCCUUCUCGGGACCUUCUCGGGAGGGAUCCGUGUGGUGAAAGCCAGCUCCUUGUGUUUUGUUUCUCCCACCUCCUCCUGAAUCGUUAACCUGUGGCAUGCAUGCUGCAUCGCUGUUUAUUCUUCAAACUGCAUCUCUCUCUCUCUGUGCCGCCCGAAAGCUUUCAAGCAAGUCGGUCAAUAAAACUGCUUCCUGGACUCGGUUAUGAGAGAUUAGUAAAGACUUCUCUCUGAAAGUAAAGCUAAAGACCUCUACACCAAGUCUCUAAUACUUGAAAUGUAUUGAAGGCAGUUGGACACUUGUUUCUUUAUUAGACUUUAAGGGAUGGAAUUAUGCUACGAAAAUGCAUUUCCCAAUUAUGGACAGGGUAUUUCUUAUUGUACAUUUCACUCCAAGUGCAGAAAACUGUUACUCGUCCCAAAAGUGGCAGAAACAAGUGUAGAAACUUCAGGUUUAAGUACCUAAAAAAUGAUCAGCUGUAAUUUUCUAUGAUAAACAGACCCAGUCCAUGCAUUUGAUACACACAUCCUGCUAAUAAGACUUAUUGCUGCAAGAGAUUACGAGACACAGACAUUGGUACAGAAGAGUAAACGACACGACAACCUCCAGAUAUCAUUCCCACAGAGGCAAUGUGUUUCCUUAUCAGUAACCUUCUACAAGCUUGCCUUUACACUGAGUUAAAGGAAAUAAAUAGACAAAGCCUAGCAACAUAGAAAACAGGAAAACAGCACCUCAUCUUGCAACACAGCCAGCAAUCCUAACAGGCAGGCAGGCAGGCAGGCAGGCAGGCAGGCAGGCAGGCAGGCAGACAGGCAGGCAGGCAGGC